AUGCAAUAUCUUUUUUACACCGUGAUAUUUAUUAGUACCAUCGCGUUGUCUAGUGCCGUCGAUUUGUUAUGUGAUCUCAAAUGGCCGCGUUGUGGUUUAACGGUAGAAAAUACAGUUUGCAGUAGGGAUGAAAAAUGUCAACCUGAACCAGGAUGCGAAGAUGUACAACCAGAUCCGGAAUUCUUGAAGUUCAUCCUGCACGAACACAAUCGCUUGAGGAAUCACGUUGCAAGCGGAGCAGAAAGUAGAGGUUUCACUGGAGUUGCUGCUAAUAUGAUGGCUAUUUCUUACGACAAGGAUCUGGAAUAUACAGCUAGAUGUCAUAUAAACAGAUGUAAGUUUGAGCACGAUAAAUGCAGAGGAACCAAAAAGUUCCAUUUGGCCGGUCAAAAUCUGUAUUAUACCAGCGAAUCCCAGGAAGCAUUGAAAAAUGCAGUGAAUGAGUGGUACGAAGAAAUUAAUCAAAUGACUCCAGAUGUAAUUGAUAGUUUUCCAAAAGGACGAGAAGAUAUAGAAAGAUUUACUCACAUCAUUUGGGCCAAAACAACUCACAUCGGCUGUGCAACUUCAAAAUCGGAUGAUGGCAAACAUUACUUAGCCUGCAACUAUGGACCGAAAGGCAAUGAUUACGGGAAAAUGGUCUUCGACAGAGGAACUCCAGCAAGCAAAUGUGGAUUAUUCGUGAAACCAAAUCCUUUCUAUCCUGCAUUAUGUGGAGUCAUUAAUCAAUCAAUGUUAGGAGUGGGACGUGGAGGAAGCGGAGGUAACCAAACAGGUGACGGAACAGAGACAAAUUCGACUAGUAUUGUACCAAUUGCUGGAAUCAAGGAUUUGUCAAACAUUGGUCUUCCUCCAGAUGUAGCAGUUGAAACCAAAACGACUGAAAAAGAUGAGAGCGGGGGUGGAUUAAUAGGAGGUGUGGGAUUUGGAGGAUUUGGUUUUGGUGGUUUACCACCAGGUGUUCCUGGCGCUCCUGGUGUACAAGGACCCCAAAACAAUAACAACAAUGAAAAGAAGAAAACUAAGAAACCAGAUAAAACCACUACCACAUUUUCUACGACAAAUACAACAAUUAUGAAUAGCACAACUCCCUUAAACACUACGUAUACUACCCCUCUCACAACUAAUACUACUCCAGUAACAACAACAAAAUUAACAACACCAAAACCAAUAGUUUUACCUACUGUACAGCUGCCAAUACCAAAUACUAAUAUCACAAAACCUAAAAAACCUACGAGAAGAAUUUCUAGAGGGUCUAUGCGUGCUGGCAGUACUACAAAGUGUCAUUUGUUAGUGUUAAGAAGACACGACAUUGGUCACUUUUCUCAAUCUGUGUGGGCGAAAACAACCCACGUAGGAUGUGCUCUGUCUAAAUCUCUUCCAACUGCAGAAGACGAUGAAGUAAAAUAUUACAUAGCUUGUAAUUAUGGACCCAUAGGAAAUAUGAUUGGAAAAACUGUAUACGAAAGAGGAGAAGGAUGUUCCAAAUGUCCAGACGGUGUAGCAUGCAAUGCGGAAUUUCCUGCACUAUGUGGAGAAGUCGAUGAAAGCCAAAUAUAUGCCAAGACAUCUAGCGGUGAAGACAUUCUUAGUGCUGGAGUCAGUGAUUCUGCUAAUGUUACUGUUGGUGUAAAUAGCGAAACUAGUGUAACUGAUUCAGGUGAUACAAAAGCAGAUUCUGAAUCUAACGAUGACACUACAAAUGCAGCCACGAAAGCUAACAGUAAUGGAGUAACUUUAACUAUUGCCAAUGUUAAUAAUAGAACUACAGUAGUUGCAAAUCAAGAUACUAGUAACAAUGCAACGCAAAUAACAGCAAAUGCUACUGAAGUACCGAAAGUACUUGGAACUAACAAAACUUGUACAACCUGUGCCAGUAACAUCAACAUGGCUUCACUAACAUUUAUCUUUAGUAUUUAUUUAUCAUUGUUAGUUCUUAUAGAAUAA